CAAAACAAAAAUGCUCAUGAUUUGCUUGCCGAAAGAUUUCGAAGUCAUGAGAAAAACCGCAAGACAACGACGAUACAUAUUUAGAAAAGGGAAAAGAAUAUUCCGAAGAGCAAGGGAACAGUGAUCGCUGUGAGGAGAUUUGAAAUAACCAUAAAAAGAAAUUUGAGAAAAAAAGAUAAAAACUUAUCCGUACUUUUCUCUCCCAAAAACUUCUUCCCUGUCAUUCGUGAAUUUUCCUUUAUCCACAAAUUCCCAAAAGAUUAGUUUAAUUAUCUUCUCCUGCCCUUCGUAAUCUUCUUCGUUUCCCCAAAUCUUUUGUUUGGAUAAACGUUGGAAAUUUAUAGCCCCAAAGAAAGAGGUUAUGAAAUCGUAUUUCACGUUCUGGGUUUCGGUUCGCAUUUGAUCUUCCUUCGUGUUCGUCUCGUCCUCAUCUCGUUACCCAGAAUCCCGAAGUUCCAACAUUUUUAAAGAGAAAACGGAAAGGGUCGCUUUGAAUUUCUUGUUUUUUUUUCUGGGUUUUGGUUCCCUUUUUCAUCAAAUGUUCCCUCCCCGAUUUCGUGUUCCAACCGCUGGACAAAAUUAACCAAGAAAAGAAGUACGAUUCCCGGCGCGAAAACUUCGCAGGAAAAUGUCGGUUGGCGGCGAAGACAGAGAUGGCGGCGCGGCGGAGGAAGAGGCAGUGGCGGCGGGGGGAUCGCCGAGGGGCAAAGUGAAGUUUCUGUGCAGUUAUGGCGGGAAGAUCUUGCCGAGACCCUCCGACGGCGCCCUCAAGUACGUCGGCGGCGAGACUCGCGUCGUCGCCGUCGCUCGUGACGUCUCCUUCUCCGAGCUGAUGAAGAAGGUUACAGCGCUGACAGAGAGCCAGAUAGUGCUCAAGUACCAAAUCAUAGCAGAAGAUCUCGAUGCCUUAGUCACUGUGAAAUCAGAUGAAGAUCUCAAACACAUGAUCGAAGAGCACGACCGCCACGAGAGCGCUGGAAUCCCGAAACUCAGGACCUUCCUUUUCCCGUCAACCCCACUGAUUCUCGAGAAUCAUCAUCCCGUCGCUCCCACCGAAUCAGUAGAGCAGCGUUACAUCGAAGCCAUCAAUGGCGUCAUCCGCAUCCCCAUCAAGACACGCCCUUCCUUCAGCAUCUCCGCUUCAUCCUCUCCGAAAUCCGAAUCUCCAGAAGGGAACGGUCUCGAGACCAGCCAACUGCCCGAGAACGCCUUCCAGAGCCACGGGAAUUACCACUUGAGCCAGCGUUACCCGAUGCAUAAGGUGCAGAGCAGUCCCAACAUUUGCGGUGGUGGCAUCAACCUGCAUCUCCACCCGGCACACCAUCAUCACUACCAAACAACCCCACCGUUAAGCUACUUGAGCUGUAGACUGCGGCCAUUACCGCCGCUAGAUCUCCACAAAGGUGCGGGGCAUGGGUGGGCAAUGCCUAUCCACGGCCUGAACCAGAACCAACCCUACGCGACCGCUCAUACAUCGGGCAGCGGCCACAGGAGCAGAGCAAGCAGUGUUCCUCAGAGCCCUAGGAACCAUGGCCUUCGCCUCUAAUUCACUCUCUCUUUCAAAAACACUAACCUGUACAAAGCC